UAGCUUCAAAUCAAUCAUAUGCGCACCCCAUACAUCAGUUUCUGGCCUGAAUCCCUUACGUAGUUUCUCCUCAGAGCAACCAAAGAGCGCUCUCUCCCACAGAAACACAACUGUUUGAGCUCUCAGUUCCGAAAUACUCAUAGCUCCCCGAUCUUCAGCAACCUCUCCAUAAUCUCUCUACCUACCUGAAACAUAAACAUGUCUGUGAGUAAUAAAGCUGUUUCUUUGCUCUCUCUCUCUGGUUUUCUUCUCACUAUCUCAACCCUCACGACUCCCUCGGAUUCGGCCAUAGAUACCUUCGUCUUUGGUGGGUGCUCUCAGCUGAAGUACACGCCGGGUUCACCGUACGAGAACAGCGCCAACUCGAUCCUCACCUCCCUGGUCAACUCAGCCAUGUUCACCACCUAUAACAACUUCACGACCACCGGCUCCACCCAACAAGACACCGUCUACGGCCUCUUCCAAUGCCGGGGAGACCUCCAGGAUAGCGACUGCGCCCGGUGCGUUGCUCGUUCGGUGAGUCAACUCGGCACCCUUUGCGUUAACUCUUGCGGUGGCGCGCUGCAGCUCGAAGGUUGUUACGUGAAGUACGAUAAUACCACCUUCUUGGGUGUGGAGGACAAGACGGUGAUUGUCAAGAAAUGUGGUGCGCCGACGAUUGGGUACGACUCCGACGCGUUGACCAGGAGAGAUGCCGUGCUGGCGUAUCUGGGGACCGGUGAUGGUGGGGCCUACAAGACCUUCAGGUCGAGCACCUCCGGCGAUCUUCAGGGCGUGGCGCAGUGCGUGGGGGACUUGAGUGCCGGCGAGUGCCAGGACUGCCUAACGGACGCCAUCGGAAGGCUGAAGACGGAGUGCGGGACCGCCGCGUGGGGCGACAUGUUCUUGGCCAAGUGUUACGUGCGCUAUACUGAAGGCGGCGUUCGCUCGCACGCCGGAGAGGAUUAUGAUAAUGGGAAUGAUAAAGACAAUGAUGAUGAUGAUGAUGAUGAGUGGAACAGGACGCUUGCAAUUAUAAUUGGAGGCGUAGCAGCAGUUGGAUUGCUCAUAAUAUUCCUUUCCUUCUUAAAUAAGCAUUUUGAAAAAGGUUGUAAGUAAAUUACUAUCUGGUGGAUGGUAUUUCUGGAUCUGCUACUAUCAACCCUGUUUCCUCUGGUAAAUAAUUUGGCUUUCGGUGGCUCUUUUGUGUCUCUUUAUAGGUUUUGGUCUUUUUCUUUUUCCUCACCACUAUCACUUUCUUUAAGUUCCUCUUUCAAAUUUCCUCUGAAGAAUACUUGUGAAGGUAGAUAGAAAGAUGUCAAUGGAGCACCUUGAAACAAGUGAAAAAGAAAAGUUGUGAUAGGAAGAAAAGCUCAAUAAUGUACUCCCACUUAAGUCUUAAUAAUGUUAGGUUGCCUCUAAUCUUUAUAAAACAGUUGACACUUUAGUGAAAAGUGUGCUCUUUGUAAUGCUGUGGGCAGUGCCUCUGUUUGGUGAUAUUAGAGUGCUUUUGCUUUAGUCU